GCCGGGGAAGAGCGAGAGCGACCAUCCUCCUCCAGAUUGACACAUCUCCGUCGAUUUAAACUGUCAGAAUCAUGUCUUACUUCGAGACGAAGUUUUGGCCGAGGAAUCAGUACCAGAACAUGGAGGAACCCAAUGGAAACAUCUGCAGAUCAAUAUGCAAAUCAAUAAUCGCCGGUUUCUUCAUGGCCCUCUUCGUCAUGUCCGUCUGGAACGUGAGUUUCCAUCGCUCAGGGAAGAGCUACGUGGUCCUCCUAGACGCCUCCAGCCAAAUGGUCCACAGGACCUCCCCGCGGUUCCUCUCAUUCGGGCUCGACUCCUCUCUCCUCAGGGACAUGAAGAAUUUUCCGAUCAACGACGAGAGAUUCGUGAACCUGGCUCGACACCUGAGCCCCGCCUUCGUGAGGAUCGGCGGGACCUCCGCCGACUGUCUCUUCUUCAAUGAAACUGUCGUUGAGAGCCCGGAGAUCAGGAGAAAUCCAGUCGACGGGGGGGACAUCAGUAAUUUCACGCUGACCGACACUGAUUACUUGGCGAUCUACGAUUUCACGAGGAAAGCAGGAUUGAGAAUGAUGUUUGAUAUCAAUGUGCUCAUUAGAACUUCUGAUAAUCACUGGGAUGACUCGAAUGCUAAGAAAAUCAUAGCUUUUUCCAAGGGACAUGAGAUGGAAAUCGAUUGGCAACUUGGGAAUGAACCAAAUUCGUUCAAGCUUGUUUUUGAUCGUGCGGUGCCCGCAGCGCAACUAGGAAAGGAUUAUUUCCACCUGAGGACCCUCCUCAAUGCCCUGGGAUACGAGUCCAGCAUCCUAGUAGGACCCGAGGCGAAUCACAUCGGAGAUCCCGAUGACAAAGGGGUGAAUUAUGCCGCAGAGUUUCUCGAAAAUGAGGGACACAGCGUGGAGUUUGCUACCUGGCAUCAGUAUUAUCUGAACGGUCGUGAGGCCACAGCCAUGGACUUCAUCAAUCCAGCAGUCUUCAAUCGUCUUCCUGCUGAGAUCAGCUCGUUCCAGCGGGCCAUCAACAGCUCAGGGAGGGAUGUCAAAAUGUGGCUGUCAGAAACGAGUUCUGCGUAUGGAGGAGGGGCUCCUGAGUUGUCUGACAGAUACGUGGCAGGAUUUUUGUGGCUGGAUAAACUCGGCUACUCAGCUAGUGCAGGAGUGAACGUCGUAGUUCGACAAUCGCUCUUCGGUGGGUAUUACGCGAUGGUGGGCCACGAUCUGGUCCCGAAUCCCGACUGGUGGGUCAGCGUGCUCUUCAAGACACUAGUCUCGGAGAGGGUCCUGCACCUGGAGAGCGCCAACAACAGUGGGACCUUGAGGUUCUACGCCCACUGCACCCCCGAGGCCUCCCUCAUAAGUGGAGUGCCUGCUGUUACGAUUUACGGAGUCAAUUUGGAUGUUCACAGAGCUCAAGUCUUCAUCCAAGGCAGCUGGAUGAGGAAAAAUGCCAAAGUACUGCUGUACAUUCUUACCGGGGAGUUUUUAAAGUCGAGUGAAAUAAGACUGAAUGGAGACAUCCUGAAGCUGAAGCCCGACGGAUCUCUCCCCCCCUUCACGCCAGUGAUAAUAGACCCCUCACAAAUAAUAACUCUCCCUCCCCUCUCAAUGGCAUUCAUCGUCGCCCAUGGUGCAGAUAUACGUGCGUGCAUGCCAUAACAAUACCAACAAAUCCUCUCAAUCCGUUUAUUUCAGUAACACUUUUAUUUUCAAUGACAUCUCUCCACAAUCGUGAUGAAAUUCCUAGUUACCGGACAGAUGGAGCACUCCCCAUCAUAAUUAAUAUUGUAAUUCCCUCAUCGAUUCAUGAUACACUUAAAGCUAUAUACGUCUCUUCAACGAUGUGUUAACCUGUUUAUAACUGACAUUUACUCCAUCGGACACAAGUAUUACAUCUCUCGUGGAUCAAUUUUUUGAGCGAAAAAAAUCUUCAAUUAAAAAAAAAAUAUAUGGAAUGAAUGUGCGUUCGUUCUUUCACACGUACGAAGAAAUUCCAUGGAGAAACCCAGUGAAUUCGCUAGAAAAUUUUAUUGGAUUUAUCAAUGGAAAAUAUUCUACAGAAGAGAUCAAUAGAAUUCGAUUUUUCUGUACAACACAACAGUCUAUUGAGAUAUUUUCUCCAGAAAUUCCUCUGCUCAAUUUUCCCAAGUUUUUUGUUUCAUUCUUUCAAUGAAAGUUGAUGAAAAAUAGAGUGGAAAAAACUUGGAAAAUGUCGAAAAAUUCCUGCAGAAAAUGUUUGAAAAUUCAAUAGAAUUUCCCAUCAAAUCCACUGAGUUUAUCAGUGAAAUAUUUCUCGUGCGAUAUUCAUCCUUAAAUAAAAAUCACACCGAAGGAAUGACUAACUGUAAGUAUUGUUUCUUUAUGAUAAAUACUGAGAACAAUCAACAGGCCUCGAAAUAUACAAGACUUAUAUGUAUAUUUACAUGAAAAUUAUAUAUUCUUUAUGAACAAAUUUAAUCAUUAAAUAAAAUUCCUCACUCUUGG